AUGGGUAACCUCAUCAGUCGGCCCAGCUGUUUGGGUCAAAAAUCCAAGCAGGUGAGGUCCGAUGAAAACUUCCUGAAGGAGUGUUACCAGCGGCGGAAAGAGUGGCCACCCGCAGAGCAAAACGGAGACACGAAACAGGAAGAAGUCAAUAACCAAGUCAAGAAUGAAGAAAUUAAAGGCAGCGAUGCGGUCAAGGAGAGAGAGGCCGAUUUUAUGGAUGACAAAAGACAUGAAGAUUGCCACACUCCGAAUUCAGAUAAAAUUCCGCGCGGUUCCCCGGCCUCAACAAUCAGAAGCAGCAGCACUUUGGAGAACGCAUGGUUCAACACACCUUCCCCCAUAAAGACGUCCAGAAAUGGGACACUCACGAGGAGAUCGGUGCCACCGGAGUUUGCCAGGUCGCCUCUGACUCAAAUCGACAAGAAUGCGGCUGAAAGGAGGGCAAGCUUUCAAAGAAGGGACUCUCGGGAAGGCAGCCCCUGGUCGUGGAAGUCUUCGGCUCCCAGAGAAGUGACAGAAGUGACGGAGGUUACAGAGACCGUCAUAACAGAAAUUGUGGAAGUUAUCGAGUAUCCACCUGGAUCGAAAGGAGGCGACCCCAUUGUCACCAGGACUGUUAGGGUCUUGAAUGGGGCUGCAAAGGAGCUGGCAGAGAUUCAAAGCGAUGGGCAGUCGAGCUCUGACCAAGAUUCAAUUGUGGGUAAAUGGAAAGGAACGAGAGCAGUGCUGGCGUUGAAGGAUGCAUCUAAAGAUUCCAAUACGUUUCUUCAAAACCUAGAAACAUUGUUUAAAUGGGUGUGUGAAAUUGAGGAGCUUGCGACCAAUCAAAAACUGGCGUCUUCAGAGGUCAAAGUGGUGAAAGCCCAGCUGCAGGAACAAAAGCUCCUGCAACGGCUUUUAUCAGACCGCCGACGUAGUAUGGAUACUAUGCUGCUGGAGGGUCCCCGGCUAGUGGAGGCUCACCCUGGAGAAGAGGGAGAGGAUGCGUACACUAGGCUCUGUUCCCUCGAGGAGAAAUGGAAGUCAUUACUACAGGAAGCUGAACAAAGGAGGGCGAGCUUGGAGCUCAUUCUACCAAAGGCUCAGUUGUUCCAAGAGGGAGUGGACAGUCUACAGCAGUGGUUAAUUUCUGUGGAGCAGAGUCUGGCUGAACUGCGUAAUGCUGAAAGACUGAUGUUGCAUCUCACAGAAGCUACAAAUCGUGCCAAGGCUCUUGUUGAAGAGAUUCAAGUCAAAACAUCUGGGCUUGGAGAAAUUCAUGAAUCAGCACAGCGCUUAAUUGAAGCGGUUUCAGAGGAUGAAGCCGUGCAGGUACAGGAGAAGUUGGACGGCCUCCGAAUUCGUUGCUCCGUGCUGAGUCUGAGCAGUGUGGACGUUCUGCAGAGGUUGGAGCAGGCGCUGGAAGCCUCCAACCGCUGUUCCUCCAGUCAGGAGGACCUCCACUUGUGGCUUGGCCGCAUAGAGAGGGAGCUGCUGUCCUCCGCAGGAGCACAGACCAACACUGGAGAUGCAGUGCUAUGUGCUGCUGAAAGACAGAGGCUGGAGCAGGCUGUGGUGAAGGAGGUGGCUUGGUUCAAAGAAACCUCUUUGAACCUGGAAAAACUGAAAACCAUUGAUUUAAUUCCAACAACAAUAUCUGAGCAACUGCAUGAACAAAAGGUUUUAGCCGUAGAAAUUCUUCAACAUAGGUUUAACAUUGAGAAGAUGGUGAAGAUUGCAGAAAUCCUGAUGACAUACAGUGAUGGAGAUACUACAGACCUUGUGACACCACUGGAGGCCUUACAGGAGCAGUGCAACAUCACUUCUGCUACUAAUUCCCACGUGGUCCUGCAGCUCGAACAUGCCCACUCACUGCUUCUACAGUUCUCAGAAGGCAUUUCUGAGGUUUCCCCGUGGUUAGAGGAAACUGAGACUCUUGCUGGCCAGCUCUCCCUCAGUAUGAUUAGCUACAAGGCAUUUAGGGAACAACAGGACCUUUUACAGGACUUAAGGGAGUCCAUUGCAGAACACAAGCCUUUAAUCUCCAGACUUUGUGCUUUGGCAAAUCGCUUGUCAGAACUCAAUCCUAGUCAAGGAAAUGAGUACUGCCACAAGGCCACCGAGGCUGAGGAUCGGCACCGAGCCAUAAGAGAUACCGUUCGGGAGACAUCUAAUCUACUCGAGGAGUCCUUACCUCGAUUCACACAAUUGAAUGAGAGAAUGACCUUGAUCCGAGAGAGUCUUGACCGAUUGAAAAGCCACAUUCAGACGCCCACUUCACUCCAGGCUCUCACUCCGAGGAUCCAGGAGCAGCUUCAGGACAAUAAGCACACUCUGGCUGAACUGACAAAACUGGAGCUCAGCCUCAGCACCGUCAAGAGUCAGGCCGCGGAGCUUUUGAGCAACACACAAGUGGGUGGCGAUGCAUCCAUUGGCACAGCGAUACAGGAUCAGGUUUCUUGCUUGUCUAUAUUGUGGGAUGACACGCAUGCUCAGGCCAAGGAGAAGGAAACAUGGCUACUGAAAGUGUUCGACCUGGCGGUGAAGUUUUGGAGAGACAUCAGUGAGGUCACCGCAGCUCUAGCUGAAGCUCAACAAGCAGUGAUGGAUCUGAACGCAAGCCAAACCGACGCUGAAACCAUUUGCCAAAGCCUGGAAACUAUGCAGACUCUCAGGGAGGACAUCGAUAGUAUACAGGGAGAUCUAGACACUCUUGGUGCUGUGGGGGUGGAUUUGAUGUCCACGUGUGGUGACACCGACAGACCAGAUGUCACCAGGACCCUUGACGAAUUGUACAGUAAUUGGAACAACCUCAGUAAAGUCUGGUCGGAAUGUCAUAAGAAACUGGAGGAGUCGUUGCAAUUAUCUCUCCAAUAUCAAGACACAAUGCAGGGCCUUUUCGAGUGGUUGAAGUCUGCUGAGUUGAGGUCCAUUGAAGAAUUUAUGGUUGGAACUGAUCUGGAAUCAGUCAAAGACCAGUUAUGUGAUUUGAAGGCAUUUAAACGUGAGCUUUACCAGAAGAAGAUUGAGAUAGAAAGCCUGAAUCAUCGGUUUGUGUGUCGAUUGUCUCCAGGAUCCGAGCGUCCAGGCUCUGUGUCUCCUCUCUGUGACUUUAGACAGAGAUGGGACAUGAUCGAGUCCGAGACCGUCAGCAGACAGCAUAUGUUAGAGUCUGCUCUGCUGGGGCUUGGCCAGUUCCAAAACACUCUGGAUGAGCUGCGCACCUGGUUGUCCCGAACAGCUGAACAACUGCACAAUGGCCGUCCCGUCACCAUUGACCUUCAGGCCUGCGAGAUAGAGCUGGCCAAACACAAGGUCUUGCGCAAUGACGUUAUGUCCCACGUCCGCACAGUGGAGUCCCUGAACCAGGCCGGCAGGACACUGUCUGAGACGGGCUCUGGGGCGCUCGGACUUCAGGCCCAACUGGAAGAACUCAAUGAGAGCUGGGAGUUUGUGCGCUGCGAGACAGAGCGCCGGCAGCUGGAGCUGGAGAACAGGCUGAGUCAGGUGCAAGAUGUUACUAUGGAGAUUCAAGAUAUUCUACAAUGGCUGGAGAACACCGAUGUCAAACUGUCUUCUUCCAAAACGAUGUGGGGGAUGCCCGACUCUGCGGCAGAAAGACUCAACGUACAUUUGGAGUUGUGCACAGAGAUGGAGUCAAAGUUACACACUUACACAGAUGUGAAGAAUGCCAUUCACAGGAUGUUGGAGAGCAGCGAAGUGAUGCGAGGAUCCAGUCUAGAACACAUCCUGUCCAUACUGGAGCAGAAAUGGGCCUCUGUGUACCACAAGGUUCAGGACAGAAAGACGAGUCUAACAGAAGGUUUGAGUCUGGCGAAGGAUUUCCACAGUAUUGUUCAAGAGGUCCUUCUCAAAAUGGCCAAGUGUGACGACAACUUUGGGAACCUGCCGCCUCCGAGCUUUGUUCUGGACUCCGUAUCCACUCAGCUGGAGAAACACAAAGAAUUAGCUAAAGAGGUGCAUGGCUAUUGUGAAAAGAAAACUUGUGUGGAGAAUAUCGGCAGCAGACUGGUGGAAAUGAGCAGAAAGGAGGACUGUGAUGUCAUUCACAACCUGAUCAUGACUGUCCAAGAUCGCUAUAAAAGGCUUCAUCAGAGAUUGGUGGAAAGAAGCAGGAUACUUGAAGAGGCCAAGAAAAAUGCAAAGCAGUUUACUGAGUCGUGGCGGUUGCUAAUCGAGUGGAUGUCGGAUGUAGAGCAAACAUUAGACACACACAAAGAGAUCGCUGGAACGCAUGAGGAUAUUAAACAACAGCUGACUGAACAAAAGGAAUUUCAGAAACAACUGAGGACCAAAAGACCAAUGUAUGAAGCCACGCUAAAGAGCGGUCGCCAUAUUCAUGAACGAGCUCAGAGCAAACAUGACAGACAACAUCUGGAGAACCUGCUGGCUGAACUCAAAGACACGUGGGACACUGUCAACGGCAAAUCUAUGGAGAGACAGCACAAGUUGGAAGAAGCCCUUCUCUUUUCUGGCAGAUUCACAGAUGCUCUCCAAGCUCUCAAUGACUGGCUGUACAGAGCAGAGCCACAGUUAUCUGAGGAGGCUCCAGUAGGGGGCGAUAAAGACCUGGUCAAUAACCUCAUAGAUAAACACAAGGCUUUCCAAAAGGAGUUGGGGAAAAGAGCCGGUUGCAUAAAGACCCUGAAGCGCUCGGUGCGUGACCUGACCAGGAGCAGCACAGCGGACGCCCACUGGCUCCAAGAGCAGAUGGAUGAACUAGAGAGUCGCUGGGACGCUGUGUGCAAACUGUCCGUCAACAAACAGGACCGGCUGGAGGCAGCGCUUCAGCAGGCAGGGAUGUUUGACAACCUCGUCCACUCUUUCAUGGAGCACCUUACAGAAGCAGAGAGAGCUCUCAAAUGUGGCUCUCUACCUGAAGAGGAGGAAGCUCUGCGCUCUUUCUAUGAGCAGCACAAGGAGUCGAUAAUAGCCUUCGAGUCUCAUGCAGUGCAGCUACACAACAUCCAAACAUUGGGUGAAGAAAUCCUGUCUUCUUGUCAUGCAGACUCCAUAAUCACUCUCAAAUCAUGGAUGAGUGUCGCCAACACCAGAUAUGCAGAAGUUCACGCUUGGGCGCAGCAGCAGGGCCAUAAGAUUCACACGACUUUAGUAGCUCUCACCGCUGAAAGGCAAGAAAUCCAGAGCCUUUUGGACUGGAUCUCAUCUGCUGAAGAAACCGUCAAUGUGCGUCAGCAAGAACCACCGGCUGAGACCACAGAGCAGAACCAAGGACUCAUUGACCAGCACGCAGUAUUUAUGGAAGAACUGAACACAAAGUUUCCUGAGGUUGAAAAAGCAACAAAGUGCUGCAAACUCAAGACAAUCUCUAAACAAAUAACGGUAUCACCCAGCAAGAGGCCUCUCACAAGAAGGAGGAGCACAUUGAAGGCCCUGCCCGCUCCUCCAGUCCCCUUGCAUCACCUUGACCCACAGAACCCUCAGCUCUGUCAGCUGAUAAGUCAAUGGCAGAAGUUAUGGCUGCUGGCCGCGACCAGACAAAACCAUCUGGAACAACACCAGCAAAUGCUCAAAGAGAUGGAGGAGUUUGUUAACUUUGAUUUCAAUAUCUGGAGAAAGAGUUACAUUCAGUGGAUAAGUCACCUCAAGUCUCGAAUACUAGAUGUGUUCCGUAGCAUCGAUCGAGAUCAGGACGGCCGCAUUACAAGGAAGGAGUUUGUUGAUUAUGUCCUUGCAUCCAAGUUUCCAACCAAUUCCUUAGAAAUGAAUGCAGUAGCAAACAUAUUUGACGUGAACAGCGACGGCUUCAUUGAUUACUAUGAGUUUGUGAGUGCACUUCAUCCCAGCAGAGAUCCGUACAGAAAGACCCUGGAUGCAGAUCAAAUCAACGAAGAGGUCAGUCGCCAGGUGUCUCAGUGUAAUUGCCCUAAGAGAUUCCAUGUAGAACAAAUUAGUGCCAACCGAUACAGGUUUGGAGAUUCCCAACAACUGCGGAUGGUCCGAAUUCUGCGAAGCACUUUGAUGGUGAGAGUGGGAGGAGGCUGGACUGCAUUAGAUGAGUUUUUGGUCAAGAAUGAUCCUUGCAGGGUAAAAGGCCGAACCAACCUGAAGAUCAAAGAGAAAUACUUGUCACCGACGGGAAGCAUCUCCAAGAGCGUCAGUAGGUCCAACUCGAGCCUGAGCCUGUACAGCAGCGCGUCUGCCCCCACCAGCCCCACGUCACGCAGGAAAGCCUUUCUCAGACGAAGUUUCUCUGGAGACCGCUGUGUCCGUCCCCGAAGUUCCAUCGCUGCUUUAGACUCAGAUCUACAGUUUGUCCCAGCUGAAGACACAAGCCUCUCCCCAUCAGAAGAAGCAGAAAAAACGUUGACUUGA